AUGGCGUCUCCCAAGAAAUCAAAGAAAAGCAAGAAAGAUAGGAAAUUGAAGAAAAACUUAAGCUUGGUUCCAGUCGAGCCCAAAGCCGCAGACUCUGACUGGUGGGAUAGUUUCUUCAACCCAAGACAUCUAGAACAGGUGGUGGAUUUGUUCUGUAAUGUUAAAUUCGGUAAUGAUGUUCAUAAUCAGAGCUCAAAACCUAUAAACUGUGCUUUUGUUCAGUUAGGCUGUCGGAAAAAUAGGCCUAGGCGCUAG